AUGGCAAUUUUGAGCCGUUUCUUCAAUAGAAUCAAGAGACAGACUAGAUCAUCCGAUGAAAGGGAUACAUAUACGGAAACCACAAAUUCCACUACAAAUGUUCCACAUAUAGUAUUCCCCGAACCGGAGAAGAAACCAAAGACGACUGCGUCUCCGCCGAAGACCAAUUAUAAUUCUACGAAACCCAAGUCUUCUGGUGGUGGGGGAAGAAGUGGUGGCGGUAGUAGCGGUGGAACCGACCCUUACAAUACUCUGGCGGUGAACUCGAUGUUAGCUACGAGCCUUAGUCCGGAUAGUUCGUAUAGUUAUGGACAUCAUAAUAAUUCGAACAACCACUGCAGCAGUAGUUAUUCGUAUAGUAGUGGAGGUGGAGGAGGAGGAGGAUCCUCUUAUAGCUCUGGAGGCGAUGGUGGGGGCAGCUCCAGCAGUGGUGGUGAUGGGGGCGGGUCUAGUAGCUGUGGAGGGUUUUAA